GGAAAGAGAAAUUUAGUUCACUUUACAAUAUGCUCAAAAACUUUUAUUCUUUCUCCAUCUUAGCUGUUCUCAUCUAAAGGAAGAGGACAUUGGAAAAAAGGAAAGUAAGUGUUAAUGGAAGAAGUUGCAGUAUUGUCAGGGUUGGUUUUGGGGCAAUUCUUGUGCGCAGGAAAUUCAGCCAUGUUAAAUUAUCUUCAGAAUUUGGGUCUUCCUUCUUCAUCAAUUGUCAUUUUCUCCUCCAUUGCCACUUUUCUCCUUCUUUCUCCUCCCUCCAUUUACUUCGAAAGAGAUAAAUGGCCCAAGAAACCAUCUUUCAAAUUGUUGGUAUUCCUGGUUUUAGUAUCUCUUGGAGGGGUAACUUUGUUUCAAUCAUUCCUUCUUAAAGGGAUGAAGCUAACCUCACCCACCAUGGCCAAUGCUCUGCAAAACCUUUCACCUGCCAUCAUCUUUGUUAUAGCUAUUGCAUUUAGUUUAGAGAAAGUCAAAUUGGAAAAUAUCUACACUAAAGUAAAGAUUGCGGGAACAUUGUUGUGUGUCUCCGGGGCAGUAACUAUGAGUAUUUUUAAAAGCGCCACUCAGAUUACUAACUUGGAAAAUAUAAUAUUAGAUUCAGACAAAAUUAUUGGUUGCUUGUAUCUUGUCGCAUCCUCCGUUUCCUUGUCUUUCGCCAUCGUUUUGCAGGCUUUAAUUCUUAUUGAGUAUCAAGCACCGGUUUCACUAUGUGCAAUAACAGCAAUUAUAGGAGUGUUCAUAGCAUCUGUAAUAGAAUUGGUAACAAAUCAUAAAGUUGAGACUGGUUUGUUAAUGGUUAACUCCAUUGAAUUGAUUGGUUAUUAUCUUCUGGUGGGAACAAUUAAUGGAUCCAUGAUUAGUAUCAAUUUGUGGGCAAUGAAGAAGAAAGGGCCAGUGUUUGUUUCCAUGUUUUCUCCACUCUCAGCUGUUAUAUCAGCCUUUAUCUCAUACUUCACCUUGGGAGAAACCUUUUCAAUUGGAAGCCUUGUUGGGAUGUUCAUCAUGUUCGCCGGACUGUACUUCUUUUUAUGGGCUAAAGGAAAAGAAGAGGAUCCAUGUGAAGUAGCCACCAAAGAUUUGACAAUUGAGAAUGACAUGGAAAAACCUUUAAUAUUGUAAAUAAGAUUUCUAUUGAAUUUAUUUUACAUGCAUGUUCGAAAACACUUAAAAUUGAACUAAUAUUAUUAAAUAUAUUAAUAUAUGCAUAAUUAAAGUAUAUUUCAGAACAUUAUUUCAUUUAAAUCAAUAUCUCAAUAAAAUAUUUAAAAAAAUUAAAAAAUUAAAAAAAAUAAACAUAUUUUUGUCUAAUUUGGAAAUUGUUUUCAUUAAGGAGUUCUUGUUUUUCAAAAAUAUUGAGUUAUACAAUUAGAAUCAAAUAAAAUAGUAAGGCUUCAUUUUAUGAAAGGUAGGAUAAUUAUUACUCAUGAAUUUAUUUUUAUUUUAU